UUUGCCCCUACAUCCUGGUUUCACUUCAGCUGUUGUUGUUGCAUCAGUGGUUCCUCUCGCUGUUGGCGUCAUGUUCACACUCUGGUGCAAAAGGAUGCUAAAAAUUUCGAUUCAGGUUCGAAUGCCAGCCCUGCUUUGCACAGCACAAACACCACAGCUGUUGUAGCAACGUUAACUAGUGGCCAUGAUCACAAGUAUGAAGAUGUAGACCAACUUGACCAAACAGGGCAGGGUCAGUCUACCGUAAUGACCAGUGGUGAUGAUUCCCAGUAUGUAAAUAGUGGCCAGCAUGACCAGACAGGGCAGGGUCAGUCUCAGACUAUCACUGAACCCUACACAAACACCACAGCUACUGUAGUGGCCAGUGGUCAUGAUCAGACAGGGCAGGGGCAGGGUCAGACCAUCACUGAAUCCUACACAAAUACCACGGCUAUUGUAGUGGCCAGUGGUCAUUAUCAGACAGGGCAGGAUCAGUCUCAGGCCAUCACUGAAUCCAACACAAACACCACAGCUACUGUAAUGGCCGGUGGUGAUGAUCAGACAGGGCAGGGUCAGUCUCAGGCCAUCACUGAGUCCAACACAAACACCACAGCUACUGUAGUGACCAGUGACAUUGGUGUAAAAACACAGAAAAAUGAGCCAAUGGUCACUGAAUCCAACACAAACACCACAGCUACUGUAGUAGUCAGUGGUGAUGAUCAGGCAGGGCAGGGUCAGUCUCAGACCAUCACUGAAUCCAACACAAAUACCACAGCUACUGUAGUGGCCAGUGGUCAUGAUCAGACAGGGCAGGGUCAGUCUCAGGCCACCACUGAAUCCAACACAAACGCCACAGCUACUGUAGUGGCCAGUGGUGAUGAUCAGACAGGGCUUCGUCAGUCUCAGACCAUCACUGAACCCUACACAAACCCCACAGCUACUGUAGUGGCCAGUGGCAAUA